UUACUCGUGAAGGACACGUGCUUGUUUAUGCUUCGGACCCGAGCUAGCCGUCCCCUUUUUCCUGGUCUGUUAUAGCUCACAACGAAGCGUUAUAACACUUUUUAAAAAAAGGUGAUAUUUUGUCGAGGAUGAUCGAGAACUAUGGCCGAAGACGAGCUAGUUGCGUUCAGGGAGCGUUGGAAAGAAGAGUUAACGAGUAAUACAGAGGAGCUCGUCGGCGCUCCUUCCGGUCAGAGAGACUUGAAAAAUAGGUAUUUUGAGAACUUGAACGAGGCCUGUAGUCCUACAAAACAAGAAGAGGGUGAAGCACGUGGAGGAGGAGGAGGAGGAGGAGGAGGAAGGGGGGAACAAGCUGCAGCGGAGGCCGAGGAUCAGCCUGAAUAUGUGUCCAUCGCACGUAGUUUGCUGGAUGGGAGGACCAGUCCCCUGCUGGGCAGGAUUCAGGAGGAGAGGACCAGGAGAAAGAGGCAGUAUCAAAACAUGACCAGCGUGCGCAGCGCCUCCCUCCAGCAGCAGCAGGAGGAGCAGCCCAAGAGGAAGGAGAAGAAAGACGAGGAGCUGUUGGAUCAACUCAUUCAAGACCUGAAUGAAGUCAACGACAUCCCCUUCUUCGACAUCGAGUUGCCGUACGAGUUAGCCCUGAAGAUAUUCCAGUGCCUCGACUGCACCGAGCUGGGCCGGUGUGCACAGGUGAGCAGGGCGUGGGGGGUCCUCGCGGAGGACGGCGUGCUGUGGUUCAGGAUGUGCACGGCGGAGGGCUACCAUCAGGGCGCCGGCGUGGCGGACUCCCCCUGCUGGAAGAGCACGCUGCGAGACUGCAGGAACUCGGCCAGAACCGUGCGCUCCAACUGGAAGAAUCGAGUGGGCUCCAUCAGCCAGCUGCAGUUCGAGCUCGGCAAAGUGCUGUGUGACGUCAGCUGCUGUGACAACUUCGUCUUGGCCGGGUACACGACCGGCGACGUGAGGCUGUGGGACACGCUGCACUGGGACUCCGCCGCCUCCUACCUGAAGGUCAACGGCCUGUCGGCGAACUCCAACCCCAGGCCUUGUGUCAGCCACGUCCAGGUCAACGGCACGGUGGCUGCAGCUGCUUAUGAAGACGGCUGCGUGGACAUGUGGAGCACGGAGACGGGCGGCGAGCCCAUCCAUCACUACCAGAGCCCCGGGGGGAUCCAGGCCCUGGCCCUGAGCCCCGACAGCCCCGCCCUGGCCUCCGCCGCCGGGCCCGACGUUCGGCUGGUCGCCGCCGACGACCGCGGCUACUGGAGAGCGCUCUGCCGGGCUCGGCUACCCAAGACCGUGGAGAGCCUGGUGCUGGUGCCGGGCCGAGGGCAGCAGUGCCCGCUGGCGGCCCUGGCGGCCGGAGACGCCGUGCACCUGUUGGACCCCCGGGAGGAGGCGGAGCCGCGGUCGCUCCACUCGGUCUACGGACAUCCCGUCACCUGUUUGGACGCCUGCGACGCGCACGUCGCAUUCGGAGUGAAGCGCGCAGGCUGGGCCAUGCACGACGGGGGGAACAAGAUCCACGUCUACAGCCUGGAGACGGGCAAACCCGUGGCGUGCGUCGGCGACUCGCUGGGAGAUUUCACCUGCGUCAACCUGAGAGACGGCCCUCCUCACCUGCUGGUGUGCGGAAACAGAGACCGCAGGGUGAGGGUGUUCGACCUCCGAGCCGGCUCCUCCUCCGUGGCGUCCCUGUACGCCCACCACCUGGGCGUCACCGCGGUGCAGGCGGACGACUGGAAGGUGGUCAGCGGCGGCGGCGAAGGGUUGGCGUGCGUCUGGGAGAUGAGGACGGGAGCGAAGCUGUGGGAGAUGCACAACAGGCAUCCUGUGAGGCGCGUACGCUUCAACAGCAGCACCCUGGUAACGGCCAACAUCCCCGAUGACAAGUCUCCGAGGGGCGCCUGCAUCACAGACGAUGACCUUACAGCUCACCGCAGACACAGAGGAGUCAUCUGCCAUUACGACUUCUCCGAGGACGCGUUGUCGCGGGACCACAUCCUGCCCAUCUGCAGGUCCGACUACAUCGAGUCCUCCGGCUACAACUACAACAUCGGCCUGGCGGUGCCGUACGACAAGCUGCCCGGCGGCUCCCAUCCGGCCCGCUGACCCCGGAUCAGUUUGAUUCUCCAAACUUUAUCCCCUUUUUUCUUCUUCUUUUUUAAAAUCGAAUGACUUUCCUUUUUCCAUCAUGCAUCUUAGGACGACGGUAGUGGACGAUGGACCCAGAUGUUUAAAAUGGAUGAUUUUUUUUUAUUUGGGGAUUUUAUUAAAUAAAAAAAAAAAAAUUUUAAUACGA